UUUCCCACCUAAGUUCGCAAAACCCCCAAGGCCAAAAACCAAUUCCCGACCUAGAAAUCUAGCACGCAGCAGCCCUCGUCCAUCUUCGGUCUCUGCCGGACGGCCAGGACGGCGCACGGUGGCUCAGGCGCUCAGCACUCGGAGUCUCGGACGACGCACCGGCGACUGCUGCUCUAAUUUCUCUUUGGUAGACGGCGCACUCGGUCAUUGUUGACUUCUAUUCGCCAGGUUGUGGUGGUUGCAAGGCUUUGCAUAAUUGCAUCCUAAGAUUCAAUUGGCUGAAGCAAAUCAGAGUGCAAUUUUUCUGAAGGUCAACUAAGAAGAAAACAAGGCUAUGUGCCUGAUUCAUGAGAAGUGAGAAGGCUGCCUAAGUCCUAAAUUCAAGGGGGAGGGAAGAGCAGUAGCAAUUAAAGAUGCCGCUUUAUGACUGCAUGCUUUUGUUUAAACCACAUAUGAAUGUUGAGGCGUUGAUGGAUUUGGUCAUUAAGGUGGGGAAGCAUGUCUAUGGUAGAAAUGGAGUCCUCACAGAAAUAAAAUCUCUCGGAACUGUCCAGCUCGGCUAUGGCAUUAAGAAGCUUGAUGGGAGGUAUUAUCAGGGGAAGAUGAUGCAAAUGACGAUGAUGACACCGCCUAAUUUCAACAAUGAGUUGCAUUACCUGAACAAGGAAGAUCGUUUACUUCGGUGGCUGUUGGUUAAGAAUCGUGGGGACCUUCAGCUUGAUUCUUACGAUCAAUAUGUACCUUUGAGAACUCAGGUGCACCAAGAGUUUAGGGGUGAUGAGAAAGAAGACGGUAGUGAUGAAGACUGAGAAUAAUAAAACCGUCAAUACUCCAUUUUAAAUUGUUGAACUAAAAAAAAGUAGCUUUGUGGCUGGUCAUAGCUGCAUUUAAGUUAAACUGGCUGAGGUUGAGGUAUCUGCCCCCUUUUUGUUAUUUAUGUUCUGAAAUGUGAAAUGGAUAGUCCCCCCAUGUUAGAACUUUGAACCAAGGAAACUCUCUGAUUUAUCUAGUGUACAACAAUUGCUUUGAUCAUC